UGUCUUUUCCUCUCAAGUUUCAAGUGCCCUAAAUAAAAACCUCUUUCCCCUUCUCUCUCUCUGCAGAAGAAGGUCAGAUACAGAAACUGACUGCAAAGAACAAAGCUGCAAGGUGCAGCUAUUCCUUAGUAAAAAGCUUUGUUCUCUUUCUUCUUUUGCUCUUCACAUCCCCCCCAACAGAGACUUUUCUGCUAUUUAAAACCAGACCCUGGAAAAAGUAGCCAACACUCUCUCUUUCCCAUGGAUUUGCAACUGAAACAAUGGAGGAGCAAGCAGGUGCAGACAGAGUCAGAACCACAACCUUCUGCAGCUAAGAUACCAAGACAUGCCUUUGAUCCGAUUCAGUCCCAAACUGCAACUUCUACUGUUCUUCCACUCUUUGCCCCUGAACCUGCGUCUUCUAAACUCUCCUCCUUAUGUCCUGAUUCUUCUUCCAGGUUCUCCAAGAUGGGGAGUUUCUUUAGCUCGGCACAGUGGCAAGAGCUUGAACUACAGGCACUGAUCUACAGGUACAUGCUGGCUGGAGCUGCUGUUCCACAAGAGCUCCUUCUACCAAUCAAGAAAAGUCUUCUCCAUCUAUCUCCUUCCUACUUUCUUCACCACCUACCUCAUUACCAGCCUGCUUGGUAUUUGGGGAGGGGGGCGAUGGAUCCUGAGCCAGGGAGAUGCAGGAGAACUGAUGGUAAGAAGUGGAGAUGUUCAAGGGACGUCUUCGUUGGCCACAAGUACUGCGAGCGCCACAUGCACCGUGGCCGCAACCGUUCAAGAAAGCCUGUGGAAACUCCCAUAGUCAAUGCUACCACCACCACUUCCAUGGCUUCCCCAGCCACAGCGGCACCGUCAUCAACACCAUCCUCCUUUGCUUUUGGCGGUGGUGAGGAAGUGGGUCAAGGUGGAUCAUCUAGCUUCUUCUUCUCAAGUCAAAGUUGCUCAGAGGUGAAACAAGAAAGCAACAACAACAAGAGGCCAUACGAGUCCCAUUAUGGAUUUGGGAGCAAUGGAUCAGACGGAGGCCACAUCUUGAGGCACUUCUUUGAUGAUUGGCCUCGUUCUGAAGCCGACAAUAGUUCAAGCCCCAUGAGCUCAGCCACUUGUCUCUCCAUCUCUAUGCCUGGAAACUCUUCCUCAGACGUCUCUCUGAAGCUGUCCACUGGUAAUGAAGAGGAAGCUAGGAGCAACAACAUUGGGAGGGACCAGCAAAACAUGAGCUGGUGGAGCGGUGGAGGUACCAACCACAACCACCAUCACAUGGGAGGACCAUUGGCUGAAGCCCUGAGAUCUUCCUCAUCAUCUUCCCCGACCAGUGUUCUCCAUCAGCUCGGUGUUUCAACGCAAGCCUUUCAUUGAACAGUCUCAAACCAACGCAACUGUUUUGCUUUGCGUUUUUCUUCAAAUUUUCGCGGUAUAAAGAGAGUAGGCUUUGUUAUCAUCUUCCAUUCUCUUAAGCUUUCACAUGUAUCUGUAACAGUUCUCUGCAGAUUUGCCUCUCAAAGAAUAAUGUUUUUGGAACCAAGCAAGUGUUCAUAUC